UUCUACCGUUGAUGUGAGUCCAGGGUUUCGCGUUGUGCUGAAUCAACAUAAUGUCAGGGGUAGUUUAUUCUCAUAACAAUCCAGAAAACUACUACGAAGACAUUGACAUUGAAAAGCUGAGCAAUUCUGGGACUCCCAGGAAUUAUUCAGAAGGCGAGGCGAAGCUACGAACAGCACCCGCGUCAAGCCCGAAAAAGCCCCCACGACCACUGAGUAUGGCGGGCGCUGCUCCUCGGAAACAAAAUGGACAACAUUCAAGAGACACAUCGAUUGACUUAGAGAUGGAUGACGUUGAUGUAGCUGAUGCACGCCCAUCAAGACAUCCUAAAACUAGUUCUCCAAAAGUACCUGCGGUCAGUACCAUUUCAUCACGGCCCAACCCAGAUAAGACUGCUUCUCCAAAGAAACAACUCACUGAAGAAGAAAAGAAACGACAGGUCUUGAAGCAUCGUAUUCAAGCAGCCGACAAACCAGAGGAUGCCGAUGACGAUGAUUAUGAAAAUUCCUUUGUACAGCGAUUCAAAAAACCCAUUAUGGUGAUCCUUGUGCUCCUUUUAUUAGCAUUUUCCAUUGCCAUUGGAGUUGGUGCCAGAAACGCUGCCAAUGUUACAUUCGAAGGUGCUUUCGCUAAAACGGAGGGAUCAGACUGCUCAAAAUUGUGUUUACCAACAGAAAAUUAUCCAUCAGCUCCCUUGGUAGUUAUUGCACUCAAUGGUUUUGCGAAAGAGUUCCUUUCGGAAAGGAAGCUCGUCAAAAAUCUUGCUCGUCUUGGUGAUUGUGGAGUCAUAGGUAACACCAUUCCUUCAUAUCCUUCCACUGCGAUACCAAACCUGUAUUCAAUAGUCACAGGUAUUCACCCAUCCUACCAAGGUAAAGCAGGUGAUUGGUUAAGAGCAUACGGUAUGAAUUCAACUGAGUUUGGUCCUGGUAACUACCCCAAUAGCUACAGCAGGCGAGACCCGCGGUGGUUCCAGACCAACGGACUCUGGGGCACUGCUGCUGACAGUGGGAUGCUCACAGCCAGCCAUUCUUGGAUCGGUCGUCAAGGUGACAUCGAUGAGGAUCGGCCCCCAUCACCAUCGUAUUAUCAAACGUACCACAGUGGGGUUAACUAUCGCGACAGAAUUCAGACUGUAUUGAACUGGUUGCAUCUUGAGCCAUCAAAAAGACCCGGAUUUAUUACUGUGUACUUUGAGGAUCCAGGACAAACGGCCAUGAAAUACGGCAUGAAAGCGUCUCAGACCAUGGAUAGUUUAGCCAAGGUGGACAGUGCCAUCGGACUUCUUCUUGACCAACUGUUGAAGGACGGACACUUGGGGUGCGUCAAUAUCAUGGUUGUAUCUACCGGAGGAAUGGCAGAGAAGAACUGUGACAGAGUCAGCUACCUCAGCGAUGAUCUGAAUGAGGUUGAUAAAUACACAUUGUUUCCUGACUCUGUGACGUCUGUAGGCAGAAUUACCGCCACUAAUGAAUCUCCUAGAAACUUGGACACUGCCCAAGAAAUACUGGACCACUUACAGUGCAAAGUGGACCAUGGUAAGGUAUACACCAAACAUCUCCUGCCCGUUCAGCUUCACGCCUCCUACGGUUUGCAGCGUGAAGAUACCAUGGUGUUGAUGGACGAGGGUUGGACAUUUGCCAAACAGCAAGAAGGCUAUAACCGUAGUGUAUGCAGAGGCGCUUCAGAUGGCUUCAAUCCAUUCAGUGCCAAAAUGCAGGGUGUUUUUAUUGGUUAUGGUAAGAGUUUCAAAACCGGAACACGUGUCUCUACCGUUAAAAACGUAGACCUCUACAACCUCAUGGCAGAACUGAUCAAUGUCAUCCCAAGGAAUAACAACGGCACAGCCGGACUACUCCGGGCCGCGUUGGUGGCCCCAAGGACGGUCGACACUGACGAUGUUGAGUUUGCGUUUGCGAGUAACAAUGAGUGUGGGUACCCGAGGGACGACAUCGAGUAUGACCGUAGACAGCGGGUCUCGGAAACGGAAUGUGCGUGUUCACAGGCAACACUGGAUAGCUACUCGGAAACCAGGGAUGUCGUCUUAAAAGAUAUGGACGAGAAUCUCAGACGGACAAACUCUGAUUCCUCUACAACAAAGAACGCUCCGUUUGGUCUGCCGAGUAUUCGACGUCACUUUGGUCCACCGGGCCAGGAGGGUGCCCAGUCUCCAAAUUACUGUCUUCUUCAUCAGAACAACUUCCUCUCUGCCUAUGAUAACUUUCUGAAGAUUCCGUUCUAUGCUUCGCUUGAAGUUCGUAAAGAUUCCCCCUCGACUAGACAGAUCGUCAACUGCGUACGAUAUGAUGUGAGAUUAGCACCAGAAAACACACCCAAAUGUUCCAGCUACAAGUCAAGCAAGAAUCCACAGUUGCCGAGUGGUAUGGAGUACGGAUUCCUGUACAGUCCAGCUCUGGCAGAUUCAAUCGACAAUGAAUUCAACGCUUUACUGUCAUCCAAUAUCGUACCACAAUAUCCAGCCUUCAAGAAUGAUGUAUGGAUGCCAUUGGUAAGAAGGAUAAAAGAAAUAGCCAAUCAGAGGAACCGAUCCUCCACAGUAAACGUUCUGAUUGGUCCAGUGUAUGAUUGGAAUGCUGACACAUGGAGGGAUUCGUAUUUUGAUGUCGCUUCAAGCGAUGCGUGGGUUAAAUCCACACCCGUUCCUACUCAUUACUUUGUAGUCAUCUCAAGAUGUCUUCAAGACACCGGUCUCAGGUCGUGUGAACUCUCCUCUCUGGAAGUAUUCUCCUUCAUUCUGCCUCAUACGAACUCAGCAAGAAUCUGUCAGACGAUGGACGACUACCUCUCCACUCACCAAGCCACAGUGCAGGACGUUGAGCUGAUCACCGGACUAGUCUUGUUCCCCAACUUAAGAGAUGACUCAGAAUCAGGAAUUGAAAUGCUCAAAUUUAAGACCAGUCUACCGGACAAGUCUCUUUGGAUACAAGCUUGAAGGUACGGGUAGCUCUUAAAAACAGGGUGUACUGUUGGCAAUAGUCAAAGAUCAGGGGUGGAUUUCACAAAGAGUUAGGGCUAGUCUUAUCUCGAGUUACUAGCCAUAAGUUUUUAAUAUCUCGUAGGACUAGUCCUAGCCUAACUCUUUGUGAAAUCGACCCCAGAAUCCUCAAUUGGUGUAGCCCAACACCCGCUUACAAUGUGGUCAAGUUGUAAUCAUAGACGUUAAACCAAUGUUUGUGAGAGAGAUUGGCUGUGGCCAGCUUGGUGUUUAUAUCCCCUUGAGGGAGUUUGCCGAGUUCCCUUGAUGGGAACAUCACUAUAGUCUUCCAAGAUAAAGAAUCUGAAUUCGAGUGUCCUCUUUUUUUUAUAAGAUUAAAAAAUAGUGUAAAUAUCAAUUAGUGCCAAACGUUGGACGCUGCACGUAUUUUUAUUAUUUUGUUUUUUUUCUUGAGUGUUUUUAACCGAGUCUGUUGUUUACUUUCUUGUUACGCAUCUGAAAUGUUUCUUGUGAACAAAAUAAGAAGAAAUUUGUUUUCCUUUUCUGAAUUUCUCUUGAAAUGUUAAAUGAUCAAACAAUAGUUUACCAACAAUUAUGAAAUUGGUGGACUGGAAUUUGUUCCAAAAUUCUGUACCCUGCUUUUAUCUUGAAGAGUGAAAUUUUUUCUCCUACUGUUCUUAGUCUGUAAAUACUCGUCUUGAUAGCUCUAUUUUUUUCAAUCGUGUGGGUUUUAUUUUGGUAAAUUAAUCGCUGUAUUCAUCCAUAAUAAGGAACAAUCUGUAUAUAUUUUGCAAGUGGCCUUUUUAAUAAUAAUCAUUCAAUACCUUUUGUGUCAUUCCUGAAAUCCACUGUAACCAAAAAGAUAUUUUUCGGAAUAUUCAAUUUUAAAUUUGUACUUUAUUUUUUGCAAAACGUGUUUUCAGUCAGAAGAGAUGAAGUUUGAUGGUUUCAGAACCAUAUCUUAUAUUUGUAUAUUUUAGUAGAAUAUUUGAAUAUUUUAGACUAAACUAUAAGUUAUCACACAAGCGCGAGUGGA